AUGGCCACGGAAGAUGUGGUGAGUGUUGAUUGGCUGGAUGAUAACAAAGAUCAUGUGGUUAUAUUGGAUGCGACGUAUGAUAUGAAAGUUAAACCCGAUUACAAAGAGUUCAAACAAAAGUACUAUGGGAAGUUCGAUGAUUUAAUGAAUAUCAAGAUGAUGUUGGAGAAGUUGACAACGGGUUGGCUCUUAUUACGAACAAGUUUCAAGAAAAGAGGACGCAUUAGCAUUGCUAUGUAA